AUGGACCGACCAAGUGACGAUGAUGAAGAUGCGGAGUUGGACCUCGACCUCCUGGCGAUCAACGAGGACGACGUGCGUCAAACCGUCUACAAUCAGACUGGCAAGCGCAAGAGUGAAGCAAGACCCGGCAUGUCACGUUCAGCUCGCCCUUGA